AUGCCCCUACCCUUUGAGCAGUUUCAAGGGAAGGGGGUGUUAGAUUUCUCUUCUUCAACUUCAGAUUCACAGCCACCGCAAAAUCAACAUCUCCACCACCACCACAAUCAGCAGCAGCAGCAGCAAAAGUGGAACCAAAACAGCAACAAAGAGAAUUGCUAUGUGGGCAGCACUGAGCCCACCUCUGUUCUCGACACCAGAAGAAGCCCAAGCCCUCCCACAUCCUCUUCAACACUGUCUUCUUCUCUCGGCGGCGGCGGCGGCGGCGGAGCCAGCGGCGGCGGUGGUGGCGGCAGCGGCUCUACAGAUACAACCACCUGCUUGGGCACUACUGCAGCGGCGGUGUACGAAAACCUAUCUCAAACACCAUUAGAAGAAUCAAAAUGUGGGCCGGCGCUUGGAAUGGAGGACUGGGAGAGUGUCUUGUCUGAUUCUCCGGGUCAAGAGCAGUCCAUUCUGAGGUUGAUUAUGAGUGAUAUUGAAGACCCUUCUCUUGGAUUGAACAAGCUGUUGCAGAGUGGAAGCGGUUCUGAUCAGCAAGAUUUGGAAUUCAGUGCAGGGUUUCAUGAUGUGGUGGAUCAAGGAGGCUAUGAUGGCUUUGAACCCAAUACUGGGAAUUUGGUGAGCAACAUUAAUGUUGAUCCUUCUCUACAUGCAACAUCUGGUUCUGAUUUUGCUUUCAAUAAUAGUAGCCCAAAUGUUCAGAGCACCAAUGUGAGGCUUGGGUCAUCAUCUUCACCAAGCCCCAUGUUCUCUGCUUCAAUGAACAACCCUUUCCCUGCUUCACUUUCUCCUGGCAUGUUUCAGCAGCAGCAACAACACAUGGGUAUGGAUGAGAAGCCUCAAAUUUUCAAUCCCCAGAUGGUGAUGAACCAAAACCAAGCCCAAUUCACUCAAAACCCAGCUAUGUUUAUGCCUUUGACAUAUACCCAAUUGCAAGAGCACCACCUUCUUUCACCACCACCACCACCCAAAAGGCUUAAUUCUGGUGGCUUUGGACCCAAUUACCCGGUCCAAAGAGCACCGUUUUCGAAUCACGGACAAGAGCUAUUGGUUCGGGCACAGCAGCAGCAUCAGCAGCAGCAGCAGCAGCUUCAAUUUCUUCCACAGCAUCUCCAACAACAGAGGCCAACAAUGUUGGUGAAGGAGAAUAUGUUGAGCCCAGCAGAGGGAACUAAAGAAAUGAUGAACCAGAACCAGCAGCAGCUUCAGCAAGCAGCAAUUGACCAGCUUUUCAAUGCAGCAGAGCUGAUCGAAACAGGAAAUCCGGCACUCGCGCAAGGGAUAUUGGCGCGGCUCAAUCACCAGCUCUCUCCCACUGGUAAGCCUUUUCAAAGGGCUGCUUUUUAUUUCAAGGAGGCCUUACAAUUGCUCCUUCACAUCAACACCUCCAGUAACUCUUCUAAUGCUUUGUCACCUUUUAGCCUAAUUUUCAAGAUUGGUGCUUAUAAAUCAUUCUCUGAAAUCUCACCUGUUCUCCAAUUUGCCAACUUUACUUGUAACCAAGCCAUCCUUGAAGCUGUGGAAGGCUUCAACCGUGUCCAUGUUAUUGAUUUUGAUAUUGGCUAUGGUGGGCAAUGGGCUUCUUUUAUGCAAGAAGUUGCCUUGAGAAAUUGUGGGGCACCUUCUUUUAAGAUCACUGCAUUUAUAUCCUCCUCCACGCAUGAUGAAUUUGAGAUUGGUUUCACUCGAGAAAACCUCAAACACUUUGCUAGUGAACUUAACUUGUCAUUCGAACUCGAACUUGUAAGCCUCGAGGCGUUGAACUCUGGUUCUUGGGGAUUGCCCCUUCAUGUCUCUGAGGGUGUGGCAGUUGCUGUUAAUCUCCCAAUUGGUUCCUUUUCAAAUAACCCGUCAUCACUUACUAUGGCCCUACGCUUUGUUAAGCAGCUUUCUCCAAAAAUUGUGGUCUCUUUGGACAGAGGCAGUGACCGGACCGAUGUUCCAUUUGCCCACCAAGUCAUCCAAGCCCUUCACUCUUACUCCGGCCUGCUUGAAUCACUAGAUGCUGUAAAUGUAAACCCAGAUGCCCUGCAGAAUAUUGAGAAGUACUUGCUCCAACCAGGCAUUGAAAAGAUUGUAACCGGCCGCCACCUUUCGCCUAAAAGAACACCUCCAUGGAGGGCUCUGUUUUCGUCAUCUGGGUUCUCCCCAUUGACAUUCAGUAAUUUCACCGAGUCUCAAGCCGAGUGCUUAGUGCAGCGGACUCCAGUUGGGGGUUUCCACAUCGAGAAGAGACAGUCUUCGCUUGUUCUCUGCUGGCAGCGCAAGGAUCUCAUCUCAGUCUCGGUUUGGAGGUGCUGA